AUGGCGGCUGAGGCAGUUAGGGCACUGCAUCGGCCUUGUACAGGGGGAGUUCCGGGAGCUCUUCUCAUGUUUCUGCCCACACCUGUGGCAGUCACGGCAGACGCUGUUGAUUUGAUGGCUCCUGAGACGUCUGCUAGAAUGACAUUUCGGCUGUCAGCGCACACAGACAAAUCCACAGAGGAACAAUUGAAGGAAAGUAGUAUUAUUCCGCAACGUGACGUCACUAAGGUCAACUGCAGCGGGUUGACAGCCGGAAGUAAAGUUACUCUGCAGGAAGUAAAACAGCUUAUGAGGAAUGUCAAGCGACCGAGUAUUCCCGACUCUUAUUUCACAACAGCUGCUAAAGAUUGUAAAGUGUUUCGUCUAAAAAGAGGCUACAUCCUUAAACCAAUGACGUCAGAAGAGGAAAACUUUCCAAUAGCUUUCAGCAUUCUUAUGUUUAAAGACGUCAGCCAGGUUGAACGUCUUUUACGUGCCAUUUAUCGCCCACAGAACUAUUACUGUAUUCACGUGGAUAAAAAGGCUUCAACUAACAUAUCUUCUGCCAUUCACAGCAUCUCAAACUGUUUUAAUAAUGUGUUCGUGACCUCACGAUCUGUAGACGUAAAAUGGGGGACAUUCACCGUAUUAGAACCAGAAUUAAUCUGUUUGCAGGAACUGUGGAAGUACCGGAAGUGGAAGUAUUUUAUUAAUGUUGCUGGACAGGAGUUCCCACUGAAGACGAACUACGAUAUGGUGAGAAUACUAAAGGCUUACAAUGGUGCCAAUGAUAUUAUGGGGACAUCCAAACGGUAUCUCGAAGGUCGCUGGAAAAACGCUGGAAAACCGCCGCACAACAUCCGGCCUGUGAAAGGAUCGGUUCACGUCGUGGCGAGUCGGGGAUUUGUGGACUAUCUUCUCCAUAACCAGACUUCCAGGGACCUUCUGGAGUGGGUGAAAAAAACGUCAAUACCCGACGAGACCUAUUUCAACACACUCAACCACAACCCGCACCUCGGCGUGCCGGGCUCCUAUAAAGGUCUGCGACCAGGAAUUCACGAAGCGCGUGUGUCUGGGGAGGAAAACGUCAAGGAAGGUGAUGACCUGCAGCGGGAGAUGGGCGUGACGGGUGAUGCCGACGCCGGUACUCUUCUUGCGCUGGGAAAGGACAACGAAGAGAUUCUCGACCACCCCCGCAUCCCACGUAGACAGCGGCGGCGGACCCGGCAGCUACGUCUUCAUUCAGCAUCUACCGAUCACCGAAGGGCGCGACGAGGCGGCGCGUACAGGUGA